CUAGAUGGACUUGCGCUACGCCUCGAGUGGUGGUUACCUUGAAAAACCGAAAUAUUAGUUACUACGUUGAAGAAUUAUUUUUGAAAUAUCUAUCUUACAGAAUUAUUUCUACAUACACCUCGUGAAUUUCCUUGGUUCCCUUAUUGUCUUAUAUGACACUGUAUAAUGAUUUGUUUAAAAUCUUCCAUUAAAGAGAUAAUUCAAAAAAUUUUAAUUAGUUCCGGUGAACCAUUUCAUACAUCUGAUCUUGUUUUAGAAUUAAUCUAUGAUUAUAUUCGUAUUAAUGCUAAUCAAAUGCUUUUAUAUUUGCCAACAACUAAAUUACCAGAAUUAUAUGAUUUAUUAAAUUUAUGCAAAAAUCAACCUAUUCGAUUAAUUAGAAUUGUAAAAUAUUUUCGUACUAUAUGUACUAGUUCAUUGAUAAAAACAACAAAUGGAUUUGAUAUGUUUAAUGAUAAACAAUUAUCAUCAUUUAUCAAUGAUAAUCAUGAUCCUGAUGAUGACAGUCGUCGUGACAUUGAUGAUGAUGAUGAUGAUGAUGAUGACGGUUGUGACGACAACGACGACGAUGUUGAUGACAAUAUAAGAAAACCAAGUAGUAUAUUACAAAAUUUGAAAUUUUCCAAUUAUUUUUUACCUAGUAACAAUUCAAAUUGGAUACGUUUAAAUAAAUUAUUGAAUCAGUUAUCUAUACCUUUACCAACUAUUCCUCCUCCUCCUCCUCCUCAUCAUCAUCAUCAUCAUAAUCAUAAUGAUGAUCCAUUUUGGCAAAUGUAUCCAUUCAAAUUAAAACAAAUUUAUUAUCAAUUAUAUAAAGGUAAAUUAUUACGUUUAACACGUAUUGAUUUAAUAACAUGUAAUCAAUCAAUUGAGAAAUUUUUAUCAUUUCAUCAUUUAAGACAAUCAGCUAGUUUAUUAAAUUUAACUAAAUCACGUAAUAUAAAAAAAUUUUUUUAUUGGUUUUUCUAUUGUACAUUUAACAAUACUACUACUACUACUAAUAAUAAUAAUGAAAGUAAAAUUACAGUGAAAACUAUAAAUGAACAAUAUUUGAAAAUAUUACAUAAUAGUAUGACAUGUUGUUCUACGACCUCCAACUCCUCCUCCUCCACCACCACCACCUCCUCCUCCACAUCAUCAUCAUCUUUGACAAUUGACUCGACAUUAUCAUCGUCAUCUGGGUUAUCGUCGUCAUCAUCAUCACCUUAUGAAGGUUUACAUAUACUUGCUUAUUUAUUAAAUGGUGAUAUAUUAGAUAUUAUUGAUAUGAUUUUAUUUAAUCGACAAAAAUUAAAUAUUAAUUUAUCAUCACCUAUUACACCAAUUGAAAUUAAACAAGUUUUACAUAUGUUUACGAAUAUAUUAUAUCCAAGACAAUUAACAAUAUCAUCAUCAUCAUCAUCAUGAUCAUCGUGAAUAGAUCUAUUAUGAUUAAUUGUAGAUAAUUCUCUUACUUGGAAUUAUAUUACAUGUGAUAGAUUGUUUAGAUCAAGUUUUGUUCUUUGAAUUGCAUAGUUUACCAUGUAUAGAUGAGAAUAUUUAUGAUACUUUCUGAACAAUAUAAUCAAGAUAAACAUCCCCCUAUCAUCUCACUGAUAGGUUAUAUAUAUAUCAUAUUAUAUCAUAUGCAUUUCAUACUAUUGUGCAUUUGUAUAUUAGUUUUUUUUCUGUUCUUUACUUAGAUUAUAUCUGAGUUAUUACUAUUAUUAUUAUUAUUAUUAUGGGGAAAUUAUUCACUGUUGAUUAUUCUUAAUAAGUAAUAAUUACUUUGAACAUACCGAGGUGGUUUUGAUUUAGUCCGAUUUCAAUGUGAUCUGUUGUUGUGUUGUGAUGUCGUUUUUUUUACUGAGAUAAUCCAUUAGGGAAUAUUGUAGUGAAUUUAUAACUGUUAUGUAACAUCUUACAGUCCAUGGUUUUACAGUAUUACAUUUGGUGUUCGAAUAAGAUAUUAGGAAAUUAAAUUAGUAUUAUAAAAUAUAAAUUGUGAGUUGGA